CAGUCAGUCACGUUGGUGUUGUGGUAUCUGCGAAGCAUGGCAAACUCUUCCUCCAAUGGGAGCUCGGGGCAUAGCUGCUAUAGUAGGAGUGGGUCCCAGGCUCGGCAGAUCCAUGGCCCACAAGUUCGCUCGCCACGGCUACACCGUCGCCAUCCUCGCUCGAGACCUAGUUAAGCUGUCAAGAUUGGCGGAGGAGAUAACGAGGGAGGAAAAGGCGGAGCAGGUAUUUGCAAUUAGAAUAGACUGUUCGGAUGCUAAAAGUGUGAGGGACGCGUUCGAAGGAGUCCACUCUCUGGGAUUCGUGGAGGUUCUGAUUUAUAAUGCUUACCAGCCUCCAAAGUCGUCUCUCAACGCAACCCGCUUCCAAGAUAUUCGCCUAGACUCUUUUCAGAAAUCACUCGCCGUUUCAUCCCUCGGUGCUUUCCUCUGCGCUCAACAGGUGGUGCCGGGCAUGGUGGAAAGAGGAAGGGGCACGAUUGUGUUUACUGGGUGUUCAGCUUCUGUGAACGGCGUUGCUGGUUUCUCUGAACUAUGCUGUGGGAAAUUUGCAUUGAGAGGACUAUCGCAGUGCUUGGCCAGGGAAUUUCAACCCAAGGGAGUGCACGUAGCUCAUAUUAUCAUUGACGGGGUGGUCGGCCAUGCCAGGGAAGAAGAAACGACGUCGUCGUGGGAGAGAACCUCAGGAUCAAGUGGGGAUUGCAAAAAAGAGAAUGGACCCAGACGCAGUGGCUGA